AUGUACUGUUGGGUAAUUCUUCAAGUACUUUUCCUAAUUUCUAGUGUUAUAUCAGCUCCAGUUGAAGAGAAUUCAUUAAUUAACAUCAUACAAAGUGAUAAUCGUACCGUACAGUUACGCGAACAUAAAUUUAUAGCCGAAUGUCAAAAGAAAAAUGAAUUCUCGAAUUCUCUUUGCUUUGCUAUGUAUGAAUUAGCUUUAUCAUUUGAUUCUGAAAAAUUGGAGUUUAUUAGAGGAAAAAAUGCUACUUACGUAGAUGGAAAAUUCUGUGAAGCAUUGUCAAAUGUCCUUCCCGAUACACCUCGAACUGAUGCUGCAAAAGCUAUUAAAGACCAAGCAAUUUGGUUCAAGGACAUAUUGAAGAAAGACAAUGGUGAAGCAACUUGUAAUGAUCGAUGCUUCUACAAUGAUCCAGAGUCAUAUGAAACAAAAUUACUUCCUGUAUGUCGUUUCCUUUUUAAUCAGUACACGUAUUUAGAUGGGUUAAGUAAUGACAAAGCCCAACAAGUUAUCAACAUUAAACCUGACGUUAUUGGUGAAGUAAUCACUACCAAAGUUGACAAAUUAGCUGGCAGGGCUAAUGUGCCAUCAUUUGUUAAAAUCAGCACUUCAAGAAAUGUUGGAGCUCUAAGAAAAGAAGAUACGUCAUCAAAUUUGAGUGCUAAUCAAGAUGCUGCUGAUCAACCAAUACCAACUUCAAACCCUACAACACCAUCAACAACAGUUCCAAUUGUACCUGCUGCUGAUAUCGCGAAAAAUCUUUCAAAAGUUUCCGAAGAAAAAUCUGAAAUGAAAAAUAUUGAUAAAGUGAUAAAAUCAGGUAAUGAUAGUAAUAGUGAUGAAAUUGGAGGUGUCAAUGACAGUAAGAAGUCUAAUGAAGCUACAAACAUCAAUAAUGAAGGUCAAGGAGAAGUAAACGAAGCAAAGAAAGCUGUUGAAGAAGUGAACAUCAAUGAUGGUGAGAAUCUUGAAGAUGGAGAAAUUAAGCAAACCUUUGAAGUCGCUUCUGAUAAUCCAAUGGAGAAAGAUCAAGAUCCUUUUAUGCAAAACGAAAUUGAUCCUGAUGAAGAGUACGAAGAUGAUUCGAUGGCAAGAAACAAUAAUAAACUUACUGCUGAUAAAAUGCCCCAGGAGGAAUUAAAUGAGAUAGUGGAAGAUGAAGUUCCUCAUAAAAAUUACGAAACUGUCGAGUUUAAAGAAGAUCCAGACUCAAACUUCUUCACGUAUCUUUGCGGUCUCAUGUUCCUUUGCGUACUUCUUUACAUUCUUCAUCAAAAUCGACAUAAACUGAUGGCUUUAUGUCUCGAAGGACGACGUGGUCGUCGAAGUCGUGACAGAUCUAGAAGUGGAUCAAAGGCUGCUUAUAGCAAAUUAGACUGUAACUUAGAAGAAGCCAUCACAAGUAAGAAAAGUCUGAGUGGAAAGUCAAUGGACAUUAUUUAUUAGAACUUAAAUGUUAAAUAUCCGCUUAGCUUCAAAAAUGAUUCAUUGAUUGAAACUUUAUUUUAUACUUAGUUGAUGAUCUGGCCAGUGUUUGUGACAACAGAUUUGAUUGAAAAUAUAUUCACGUGAUAAUAAUUUUCUUGUUUUUAUUUUUCAAACGAAAAAUUCUUCGAUAAAGCAAUGCAACUUGACAUUGAAUAGAAAUUGAUUAAAUUUAAGAGAGUUGAACAUGCACAAAAGUUCAUUUUCGUAAGCAUUUAGUAUGAGUCAUGAAAACAUUGUUUUUAUCAAUUCAUUACUUAAUUAACAUUCAUUGACAUGAAUUCAUAAAAGUAUUUCAAUGAGAGCUUAAAGCUGAAUAAAUAUUAAGAAAUAAAUUCAAUUUAAAGCAUCG